GAGAAAAUGGCGGCAGCUCCGGAGCUGGUGGCCCUUUCCCCGCCGCGGGCCGUGGGAAGAGUAGCCGGGACUGACGUCCGGGCCUCGGUCUCCGGCCCCACCCAAGAGGCCGUCCGGGUGCCCUGCACCUCGAAGCGGGCCGUGACGGACAUGCUGGAGCUGUGCGGCGGCUUCGUGCAAAAUCUCGGGGACGCGCUGCCAGAGGAGAUUCGGGAGCUCGCGCCGCGAGAUUCAGAUAUCAAAGUACUUGAAGAUCAGUUUGAUGAAACCAUAGUAGAUUUGGCCACAAAACAUACGCAGUAUCCCAGAAAGAUUCUUGAAUGUGUCAUCAAAAUAAUAAAAGCAAAACAAGAAAUUCUGAAGCAGUACCAUCCUGUUGUAUAUCCACUGGACCUAAAAUAUGACCCUGAUCCAGUGAUGCUGUGUAACAUUUCUGGUGCCCAGAAAAGUUUCCUCAUGCUCCUUUCUGGUCAGCGUUCUUUCUGCUACCAUCAGAGGUGACCGUUAUUCUGAGGUAGGUCAUCCUAGUUCUUCAAAUAAACUUCCUGUCUGUCUGUUAACAUGUGCAGGAAGGGUAAAUUGAAGUAAAAUAAAAAGAAACAAAGUAAACAAAUAUUUGCGACCAGGGCUGCAUUUUGUCAGUCUAAUUUUGAAAUAUUUUAGAUGGGUUAGUUUUCAUACCCCCUUUUUUCAGAAGACUGAAAUAUUUAGAGCAUUUCUAGCAUUUUUAGAUGAUAAAGAUUUUGGUAUAGUAUAUAGUUCUUAAAAAGCAACAAAGCUGAUGAGAAAAAUGUAAUAGAAGUUUGGAGAGUCAGACAAUAACCAAAUGUUAAUGAAUUAAUAGAAAUGCACAAAAUAUAGGAAUUUUAUCUAUUAAUAGAAAUAAUUUAAAAAUAUUUCCUGUUACUGCCAUGCUAAAUAUUAAAAAUUACAUUUUUGUACA